UUGCUCUAUGAUUGCAGCCUUUAUUCGCUUAAAUUGAUAAAUGCACGGGCUUUACGAAAGGGAUGGAAACGUGAUUACGCCCCAUCAGCCUGUCGACACCGGACAUCGCUAAUACACGUGCCGUGCACCGUUCGGUGGUAGAACUUUCGCUGGACCCAGUACUGUGGCAGAUGGUGAACAAAUUGCUUCCCUCUACUGCUGUGUACGCGAUACAAAGAUGUCCAACUAUCAGCUGCAUGCAAACGAAACCACCAUCUCGAUCCCGCGUAUAAUCACGGUCGAUAGUGUGAAUUACUACGAAAUAUUGGUGAAAUGUGGCCAGAUAAUGUGGACGGUGAACCAUCGGUUUCGUGACUUUGCCGAGCUGCACGAUCGUCUCGUAUCGGAACGGGGCGUCUCGAAGGAUAAGCUACCACCGAAGAAGGUGCUCGGUAACAAGAGCCCGACGUUUCUGAAGAAGCGCCAGGAAGCGCUCGAGCAUUAUCUGAAGGAGAUGCUCAUCUUUCUGAAAGUUACAAUGCCACGGGAGUUUGUCGAGUUUCUCGACUUCCAUCGAUACGACAUUAUCUUUCUGGUGCAACAUCUCGCCAGCUCGCUGUUUCUGCGCGGUGACGCAUUCUUGGCCAAGUCGAAAAAGUACGGCUUCUCCGUGCUGGAACUGCACGCAAUUAGCGAACGGUUGAAGAUACCCUGUCCACCGACGGAAGCAGCCUGCAGCAAUUAUAAUUUCUCCCACAUACUGGACUUUUGUGCGCAGCUGGAGACAAUCAUUGUGCUGCCGACGAAAAACAGCCUGCCGACGAUCCUGUACGAUGACGAUACGGACAAGUACAUUCCGCACGCGCUACACAAACCGAUCGGCAGCAGCAAUCUCAUCCCGGUGCAGCUACGGUACGAGCUGAGCGUGUUCAAAGUGUUGCGUAAUCUCAUCAUUUAUGGCGUGCCGACGGAAAACAUUCAAAAUGUAGGUGCCUUGCGUGAAACGCUCUCAAGGAUAGAGGUGUACAAAAGCGAAGCGAAACAAAUCUGCCAAAUUGCGCUGUGUGAUAAUGUCCAUAAGGAUGCGGCGGAAGACGAGCUAGACAAAUCGAAGCAAUGGAAACAACUUCGACAUGCGGUCUUUAAGGAAAACCAACUGACGGCAAUCGAUCGUACGAUAAGGCUUUUCCCCAGUCUGAAAGAUCUGGUACUGGACAAGAACAAGCUGGAAAACAUUGCCCACCUUAGCCAUCUGAACAACCUGCAGAUACUCAGCCUGCGCUGCAACCGGAUAGCGCAGUGUCCGAACUGGCACGUGCAGCUGGGCAAUUUGGUCACGCUGAAUCUGUCCCAAAACCGUAUCCGUUUGCUGGAAGGACUCGGCAAACUUUACUCGCUCGUGAAUCUGGAUUUGAGUUGCAAUUUAAUUGAUGAUAUAAACGAAAUCGAUUACAUCGGUAAUUUACCGCUGCUGGAGAAUUUGCGCCUGAUGGGAAACCCUGUGGCCGGUGGUGUUGACUAUCGUGCCCGUGUGCUUUCGCGCUUCGGUGAUCGGUUGCAGGAAAUCUAUCUGGACAAUGAGAAGGGCAAUCAGACCGAAUACGAUAUGGCGCUGGUUCAUUCGGCGUUGCGUAUCUCAGCACAGAAAUCGCACCGUAAGCUGCACAGUCUACUUGAUCCAGGCAGCACAUCGGAAGGUGGCGAGAGAGAUGCGAACGACGCGGAACAGGCGGGAACGAGCGGUGGAGAAAGUAGAUGAAGUUACGCUACAUUCCUGGGGAGAUUUUUUACCGGCAACCACACAAAAAUUGAAUGUUCUAUUUUUGUUUAACGAUAUUCGUGUUUUUAGCUGUUUGUUUUCCAAGUGCAAUGUGUAAUAUGUUUCGCAAUCAACCGGAUAAGACCGAAUGUUUAUAGAGUGUAAAAAUUUUACAGCAAAGCUUCUGGAUCUGGAUAAUCGUUAUGGCAUCGAACAAAUAGACCGAACUGUGCGCCAUCGUUGAAACCAAACGGCAGAUCAUAGCAUACCGAGCCUAGCAAGGGAGUAAUGUAGCAGCAAUCAUAUUAAGCUACCAAUAGCUCUUCUUUUAUUAACAUCACAACUUACAUUCAGUUUUCAUCUUAGCAAGUUGGCGAAGCAAGUUGAAAUAAAAGAGUUAAAGAUAUUUUACCUACCGUUGACCAGAACCCGUACCCCGUUUCGGAUCUUUUGCCAUGUAAACGAAAGCAUAAGAAACAGAAGGGUUUGAUGUAAUAUAAACUCAGCUA